GCCGUGCCGGCCGCUGGUGUGGUGGCUGCCCCUGCCGGGCGCCGGUGCUGCUGCCGCCUGGCUCGGCGGCAGCUGCUGGAGCGGUCGCGCAGAACAAUGCGACGUCCGUGGUGGCUGCUGCACCCGAAGAAGAGGUCUUGGAGGAGAUGCUGCACAAGGCCUCCGACCUUACGCACAUUCCUCCAUGGGGCAUCGUGAUGAUCCUGAUCGCAGUGGCGCUGCUGCUGCUCUGCAUUUGCUUCUGCUGCCUGCGGCGCUGGUGUCGCCGUCGCAAGAAGGACGCCAAGAAGGGACUCAAGGGCGCCGUGGACCUCAAGGGAGUCCAGCUACUGGGCAACGCCUACAAGGAGAAGGUCCAGCCGGACAUGGAGGAACUACAGGACAACAUGGAGAACAACGAGGGUGACGGCGAGAGCAAGAAGUCCGAGGAGAAGCUGGGCAGGCUUCAGUUCAAGCUGGACUACGACUUCAACACCAGCAACCUUGCCGUGACUGUGAUCCAAGCAGAAGAUCUCCCUGGGUUGGACAUGUCUGGCACGUCCGACCCAUACGUCAAGGUUUAUCUCCUCCCGGACAAGAAGAAGAAAUACGAGACCAAGGUGCACCGCAAGACCCUCAAUCCUGUCUUCAACGAGACAUUCAACUUCAAGGUCCCGUACGCCGAGAUCACCACCAAGACGCUCGUGUUCGCCAUCUUCGACUUUGACCGCUUUUCCAAGCACGACCAGAUCGGUGAGGUCAAAGUGCCGAUGAAUACCAUUGACCUCGCUCAGACCAUCGAGGAGUGGAGGGACCUGACUGGCGUUGAGGGCGAGCAAGGACAGGAAAACAAGCUGGGUGACAUCUGCUUCUCACUCCGCUACGUCCCCACGGCCGGCAAACUGACUGUAGUUAUCCUGGAAGCCAAGAACCUUAAGAAGAUGGAUGUUGGAGGACUCUCCGACCCGUACGUGAAGAUUGCACUGAUGAUGAACGGCAAGAGGCUGAAGAAGAAGAAGACCAGCAUCAAGAAGUGCACCCUGAACCCUUACUACAACGAGUCCUUCACUUUCGAAGUCCCGUUCGAACAAAUACAGAAGGUGCAGUUGGUUGUCACGGUGGUCGACUACGACCGCAUCGGGACGUCGGAACCCAUCGGGAAGGUUGUGCUGGGCUGCAAUGCCACGGGUACCGAGCUACGUCACUGGAUGGACAUGUUGGCCUCGCCCCGCCGACCCAUCGCACAGUGGCACUCGCUCAAAGAGCCCACGGACGGACAGGACAACUGAGCCAACGCAGGCCUCAGAGGUGCAAAGGCAACAUAUUUAAAGGCCACCCUUUCCCCUGCACUUUACCGAGCGACUCUCAACGUCGCCGGCCUAAGGCGUUGGCGAGUCGUUUGCUGUUUAUUGCACCGUUGUUGAUUGGUUCUUUCCCUCCCGUGUACCAUUGUUCCACAGAUAUUCCUUCGUACGUGUUAAAUGUGUGUUCCUUUGUUCGAAGGCAGACGGGAGACGUGUAUAUAAAAUGUUACGCGGUCCGAGCAGUCAACGGCCGCAUUUUGGUUUCACCGUUACGCUGAAUGUCGAGCUCAUGUAUAACGGCUUCACAGUCGAAACGUUGGAAGUGUGUUCGUUUUAUCUCUGCUGCUGUGACCAGCUGUGUGUUCAUACUGAUAAUCGAAACAUCACGUACUGUCCGAAGACUUACGAGGACGCUUAAAUUUAACCUAACGCUAAGAGCGCUCAACUGUAAUCCUGGUGCUUAACGUUGAGGUAUUAGGUAACCAACAUACCUUCGACUAAAGAGUCGGGGCAUUAUAUUCGCUAAGUUGACGCGUAUCAUAGAAAAAUGGUGGUUACAAAAGAACUUACAUUCUAGAAUGUACUGAGAUUACCUUGUUUUGUACGACGUCCUCAGUGCAUUUUUGUGAAGUCUGACACGAGUCAACUGACAGUGUGUGCAAAAAUGUGCAGUGUGACAAUGUGUUCACAUUGUACUGCCCACAACUGGACGCUUUUCUUGCUUUGUUUACGCGAAUUUCUUGAACAGAAUAUACUUUUAUUGCUUCGGAAAUUUGUGUUUCUCGACUGCCCACGCAACUGCGGUCAUAAUUUGUGUCCUAAGGAUGCUUUUUUGUUGUAUUUAUUUUUAUUACACGCGUGUUUAUACGCUGUGUUUAUGCUCUCUUGGUUACUUUCUCAAUUCAGACUGUUUUCUAUGAAAAUGCAGCAUGGACUGAAUAUUUUUCUUUCUUAAGCCAGCCAAGACGAGUUAGUUUGCUGCUUUCACGUGUGUUCUCUUUCCUGAUGUGCUAUGCAUUCUACGCACUUUAUAGCACACAUACUGAAGUUUCAAUUUCGAGCGAUGCCUUCGCUGCUUCAACGAGUUUUCGUUCAUAGUUGCACGGGUGUGAUAGGGAUAGAACCAAUGUCUUGCGAAGAAUGUGAAUCACGCGCAGCGUGGAAGGUGAUGCUUCGAUGACCUGUUCGAAGUUCUUAAUUCUUUCGCUUUUCCAAUGCGCAAAAAUUUCUUUACCACUUAUUGCCCGAGGAUUUGCCCAUCACGUUAGAGUUCAGAGUUGCCUUUCUGGUGGGAUUUCAAGUCCUUGAAAUUCUUAAGCACGUCAGAUUGGUGCGCAUGAAAAAUACUUCUCAAGUGCAGUACUAGAUCACUGUAAUUCUCUCUAGCACUGUAAUCAUCAAGGACGGCAUUUCUUACACUGGCAUCGUCUGCCGGAAGAUGACACAGCAAGUAAGUGUUAAAUAUAACUCUUUUACUGGCUGGGUAAUUCACCUGUGUCAGUGAAGGAUCCAGACCUUUUAUUGCGGAAGAUAUCAUUGGGCUCAUUUAUGAAAAAAAAAACGAUCACGUAAAAACUGCAGCAUCAUUCUUGAAUGUCUCCACCGUGGCCGUUUCGCAUUUUCUUGACCCUUCAGUCCUUUGCUCACGAAGGUUAUUUUCCUUUGAAUAUUUGUCUUUCUUUUUCUAGGCGCUCCGCGUUACGUUCUUGCAACGCAGCUCAUAGCGGCUGCACCAGGGCUAAGCCUGUAUCGAUUUUUGUAUAUCGAAGAUGACGACGCGCGUUAUUUAUCGUAGUAAGUCUAAUAGGUAGACACACGCGCCUCUUAAACAGAGUGUAUCGUAGAUGCAGUGCUGUGGUGUAUAAUGUGCGAUAGGAUUCGAAGUGUGUGAAGUACUUGAAUUCUGGAAUGUUUCUCUGAAUCUUUUUUUUUCGUGAACACGCACUUGUCGUAAGUUAUUCGCACGUGCACCGUAUCUUCUUGGAGAAGCAGUAAAACCGUGAAUGAUUCUUCCAUGCGUGCCAUGCGUCAAGGUAAAUGACUCCGCAUCGUCUCGUCGGAGGAGCUUGACUUGUCUCGCGAACGCUGUUAAAUCUUUUCUUGAUUUUCUUUUAUUGUUAGUUGACGUCACUAUUCUACGGUAGCUACCACGUAGUGACUUAGUUGACUCUGUUGAAUGCAGUGUAUUCAUUUUAGAGUGAUGUGGGGCGCGUAAAGCAUUGUGUUUUUUAUAACUGAUGUGUCUGUAACACACCGCGAUCUGUGCGUUUGCUUUGUACAUUUUGCCUUUCUCUACUGUGCUGUGAACGUGAAGAAAUGCAUAAUUAGGUUUGCACAGCUGGAUGAUGCUGAUUUGUCCUCUAGGCAUUGUAUUUCGGAGUUUUUUAAGUAAGUUUACCUUCUUAUGCCUUUUUUUCUUGAGUACACUCCACAAUGAUUCUUACGUCAGUUACAAUGACUGUCUGUCACUUUUAAUCUUUCUUGAUAUUCUGCCACCUUCAGGUCACCUCGAUUCGCGGUUCUACUGAACUGUGGUCGCCACCUCAGUUCGGCGAAAAACCUUCUAAGGCUGUUGACAUGAGAAUAAAAAUAGCCUUUAUAUUUUUCCAGACGAUAAACAUUUCAAAACACACAGCUCCACCGAGCAACUAAGAACAAGCUCUCUUUUUACAGGAUGUGCUAAAAGCAUUUUUGGGACUAAGUCACCCGUCACCGACGCUGAACGUUUCUGUGAUGCAACAGACAGCGUCACGUCACAGUGUAUACCGCAACGUUUUGCAAAACGUUGCAACCAUAAGAAGCAAGAACUGAAUACAGCAGCUAGGCGACGAUUCUAAAGCAUUUUAUUUGGCAGUGGUUGCAGCUAAUAAAGUUGAAA